AUGGCGCCCAUCACGCGUAGCCAGUACGCCAGCAACGAGCGUGUCCCUCGCCUAACCAAGCGCUCGCGGUCCCAGAGCUCGUCGCCGCCUCCCGCCCCGCCGUCGACGCCCCGCCCACGCUCACCUUCGCCAGACACAAUCCGCCGCCGCGACCUCGACGAGCUCAUCGAGUCUGUCAAGAAGCUCGAGGACCGGGAGUGGUACAACAAACUGCGAGCCAGGCGCACCAUCACCCCGCCACCUGCGCCGCGAAUGGCGCACAUGGUGCUCCCUCACCUGCGUCAGCCCGAGCUGGACAUGACGUGGCCGCCCAAGAGCCGCGCCGCCUACUUCCCACUCGCAGAGGACCCUCGCCCCGGCUACCCCAUGCCUACGGGCCCCACGACCCUGCCGCCGCCGGGCGUCGCCUACUUCCCCAAGCCGCUCACGAAGCCUGUCCGCACCGUGGCGUUCCUCGACAGCAACGGCCAGGACAUCACCACGCGCCCGACGCCGCUCCCGCCGAGACCGAGCAGGUACGAUCCUGCGUCCGCGGAGACCAUGCCCAAGCUGCGCUGCAAGGUCGUCACGCGCAAUGAGCCCGUCCUCACCUCCUGGGAUGGCAUGGAAGAGUACCAGCGCAACGCCUUCGCUGAGGACACUGCGCCUUUGUCGUUCGAUGAAAUGCGCGACAUCGGCCGCAGAGAUAUGUCUGCGCGCUUCACGUCUUCGAGGCGCGUGCCCAGCCAGCGCCCGGAAAUCACUCCUUCCAACCAGCGUAUCCGUCCUGUGUUCAAGUCCGAGGAUUCUCCUACGCGCGAACCCGAGCCUCCCCGCUUCGACAUGGCGCCGGCAGUCGACUUCCUGCCCAAGCGCAAGCUCGACGACGUCGAUGAUGCCGACGACAGCGCCAACAACGGCGUCUCUGGCCCUCUGUGCUGUGGUGGCACCAACUGGCUGAGAGGCCUGGAGAAGUAUCAUGAGUCCAGGAAGAGGCUGAAGAGGGACUCUGAAGAUGAAGACGGCGAGGACGGCACCAGGACCUCUCCUCCUGGCUACAACCAGAACGUCAUGCAUCGCUGA